CUCUCUGUCUCUCUCUCGCUCGCUAUUCCGGAGCAAAAGUGGUUUUAGAAUCGAUGGAGUGAGUUGACACGACUAGGAGCAGUCACAAAACAACACUAACCCCAAACCUAGGGUUUCUUUCUUUCUCUCUCUUUCCGAUUUCAAUGGAGUCGCAAUCUUCGGCGACCUCGUCUCUGCACAUGGCCAUGGCGGCUCUAGUCGGAGCAUCGAUCAUGGCUGUUUCGGCCUUUUACAUCCACAAGCGGAGCGUCGACCAGGUCCUCAACCGCCUCACGGAGCUCCGCAGAGAUGGCGGGAAAAGGUCUUCUAUCGAACGGACAGACGAUGAGGAAGAAGAGGAAGAGGAGGAAGUUGGAGAGAUAGACGACGAGGCAGAGUUUGGCUCCGACGGCGAUACGCUCGCCGAUCGGAAGAUUGGGGGAAGGGGCUUUUCGAGGUCCGUCGACGAGACGUUCCUUCGGAGCCGUAGAAUGUCGUCGUCUUUGCCCAAUGUGGCUUUGGGAAACCACGAUUGGGUUCGGGAAGGUUCUAACUUUGAUAGGGGAUCGAAUUUUAGGGCUCAAGGAUUUUCUUCUGCGUUGGAUAGGGUUAAUUACAUUCCUUUGGGACUUCCCCCUCUUCGAACUGAUCAAAGACAUGGAGGGGACCUCCGUAGAAGGGUGGGAUCGGCUGAUAGGUUGGUGACGCUGACCCCAAGAUCCCAAGCUGGCAAUAAUUUCGACGUUGCAGGAGAUUCUGAUGAGGAAGGAACAGAACUUGCGAAUGAAGCUGAUGAAUUUUUUGACGGUUCAAAUGUAGAUGCUUCAUUUAAUAGCAUAAAUGAAUUUAAUUCAACCCUUCAGAAUUCUUCUGCAGUUCCACUCAUAGGUAAUGAUGGGAACUGUGUGCAAGAUCAAAUAUUUAAAGUGACUGCAAACGAGUCAAAAGCUGGCACUGAUCUGCAGGGUGAGGGAAACGUAGUUUCAGCUGCAGGGCACUUGGAUGUCCAUGAUCCUACUCUUGGCAGCAUGAUUUUACCUGUGUGUUCAUCAGCUCAUGAUUCAACGAACAAAGAAGAGGAAGAAGUUCGUAAGAUGCUUUGUGAAUGUUUGGAUUUGCGUCAAAGAUAUGUCUACCGGGAAGAGGUUUGUCCAUCAAUGAAGGUAGAUGUAACAAACUCUACUGCACCAGAGAAGAGUGAUCCAUUUCAUUUCGAACCUGUUGAGGCGUCAGCUCACUUUUUUAGGAUGGAAGAUGGUGUAGGACAUGUAUAUGCAAAGGGAAAUGACAAUGAAGAAAUUUUCCCUGUUGCAAGUUCAACUACAUUUUUCACUGAUAUGCAUCAUAUUUUAAAGGUUAUGUCUAUUGGAAAUAUCCGCACCACUUGUUAUCACAGACUGCGAUUUCUUGAGGAGAAAUUCCGCCUUCACCUGCUACUAAAUGCUGAUAAGGAGUUUCUAGCUCAGAAGAGCGCACCACACCGUGAUUUUUACAAUAUUAGAAAAGUCGAUACACAUAUCCAUCAUUCUGCUUGCAUGAAUCAGAAGCAUCUUCUACGAUUUAUCAAGUCUAAGCUGAGAAAAGAACCUGACGAGGUUGUUAUAUUCAGAGAUGGAAAGUAUCUUACACUUAAGGAAGUCUUUGAGAGUUUGGACUUGACAGGGUAUGAUUUGAAUGUUGAUUUACUGGAUGUGCAUGCUGAUAAAAGCACUUUUCAUCGAUUUGACAAAUUCAAUCUCAAGUAUAAUCCAUGUGGUCAGAGCAGACUCAGAGAGAUAUUCUUGAAGCAGGACAAUCUCAUCCAAGGACGGUUUUUGGCAGAAGUGACAAAAGAAGUUCUAUCGGAUUUAGAAGCCAGCAAAUGCCAGAUGGCAGAGUACAGGAUUUCAGUAUAUGGAAGAAAACAAAGUGAAUGGGAUCAAUUGGCCAGCUGGUUUGUCAACAAUGCUAUCUAUAGUGAUAAUGCUGUAUGGUUGAUCCAGCUACCACGGCUAUACAAUGUCUACAAGAAUAUGGGAAUUGUUACCUCUUUCCAGAAUAUUUUGGAUAAUGUGUUUAUUCCUCUCUUCGAAGUCACAAUUGAUCCAAAUUCUCAUCCUCAGUUACAUGUGUUCCUGAAGCAGGUGGUGGGUUUUGAUAUUGUCGAUGAUGAGAGUAAACCGGAAAGGCAUCCGACUAAACACAUGCCAACGCCAGCUGAAUGGACCAAUGAUUUUAACCCUGCAUAUUCUUAUUAUGCUUAUUAUUGCUAUGCAAAUUUGUACACUCUUAACAAGCUUCGUGAAUCUAAAGGAAUGACAACAAUAAAAUUCCGGCCUCACUGUGGGGAGGCGGGUGAUAUCGACCAUUUGGCUGCUGGAUUCCUUCUAUGCCACAAUAUUUCUCAUGGGAUUAAUCUUCGAAAAUCUCCUGUUUUGCAGUAUCUCUAUUACCUGGCUCAGGUCGGAUUGUCCAUGUCACCUUUGAGCAACAAUUCCCUUUUCUUGGACUACCAUCGCAACCCAUUUCCCAUGUUCUUCCAACGUGGUCUGAAUGUCUCCCUCUCUAGUGAUGAUCCUUUGCAAAUUCAUUUAACUAAAGAGGCACUGGUGGAAGAAUAUAGUGUUGCAGCAAAGGUGUGGAAGCUCAGUGCAUGUGACCUUUGUGAAAUAGCAAGGAAUUCUGUUUAUCAAUCUGGAUUUUCACGUGCGGCCAAGAUGCAUUGGCUUGGUAGUAAGUAUUUCUUGCGAGGCCCCGAAGGUAAUGAUAUCCAUAAGACAAAUGUACCAGGUUUAAGGAUUGCCUUCCGACAUGAGACUUGGAAGGAGGAGAUGCAGUAUGUUUAUUCAGGAAAAGCCAUGUUUGCCGAAGAAGUAGAAUCGUAAAAUUCACAUUUAUCAUGCUGAUCUUCAUUGAAGCCGGGUGGGAAUGGGAUUUUGAUCUGCACGCCAUAUUCAUUGGCAAUAGAGCUGUAGGUACACAUCAGCUUCAGCGAAGAAAAUGCCCCAACCCAAUUUUGUUGUACCAGGCUUAUAUAGUCUGUAGGACUUAAAUGCUCUUUUAGGCUUCAAUUUAUUAGCAUUAUGCUUAUGAAGCGUGGAAGAUUCAUGGGAGAUAGGUUUUUGACAACUGAUUCUAUUAAUCCAUGAAGCAGUAAUAUAUUUAUGCUCAAAA